AUGGAGGCAUGCUUACUGACUGACUUUUCAAAAGCAGCCGUCGACUUGCUAGCCGUGCCUUUCAACUUACCCAGACUUGGAGACGAUCCUCACCAAUCCGCCGGAUUGCCUGGCUACAUGAAAAUCGAUGACGACUUUCGAACGUCUCAUUGUCUUAAUUUCGAAUACAUGCUUCGACAAAUCGAUGAGUUUCGCACCUAUGUUGUUCCUACUUUGCUUUGCGAGAUUUUAGCUUAA